UCAAACUGUGUACACCGAGUACUAGACAGUGUUUGUCAUUCGCCGGACUUGUAUCACAGGAGAAACAUGAUUGGAAAAAAAAUCUUUGGAAUCGCGUGCGUGCUUGCCGUUUUGCUGUGUGUUCCCAGUGUGGAUGCCUUCAAAUGUUACGCUUGCAUCGGAACAGCGGAGUGUUCGGAUCCAUUCACUAAAAGUACCGACUUGGAGAGUACACAAACUAAUUGCAUGGCCUGCUUGAAAACAAAGACCAACGGAGUCGUAGUCAGGGCGUGCUCCUCAGCUGCACUCGGCAGUAACAAGUGCGAGAAGGCAAACGGAGUUGAAGCCUGUAUUUGUGAGAGCGAGCUCUGUAACGGUUCUAUCAACCUGGCGUUUUCUACGACAAUGCUGCUGGGGGCCACACUUGUCGUUUUCUUAAAAGUGUAACAACUUAAAGUGACAUGACUGUUUCCAGUAUACUGAAGCUAUAUACUAAAUAUAUUUGAAGUAGUUUAUGCUAAUGAAUUUUUGCUACAAAUGUAAAUAUAUUGAAACAAGACUGCUAUAUGUAUGUAUAUACAUAUAUAAAAUACGUAUUGUAAUUUUGUUAUAAAAAAUGAUCAUCCAUACCAGCAAUAAAUUUAGAUUAAGAUAUAA